AUGGCAACUAUCAUCGCCGGCAUCCCAACAACAUCGAUCUCUCGCGCAGGUCUCGUACUGAAGCGACCUUCUGGGAUCUCGUCCUCUACCGUUCAUGGAUUGCCAGCAAUGGGUAGGGUAGGGAAAGUGAGAUGCUCCAUGGAGGAAAAACCGUCCGUGCAGGAAAGCAAUUCAAAUGUGGGAAUGGGAGCAUCCUUGUUAGCAGCUGCAUGCGCCGCAACCAUGUCAAGCCCGGCCAUGGCUUUGGUGGAUGAGAGACUGAGCACUGAAGGGACUGGGCUUCCCUUUGGGCUUAGCAAUAACCUUCUUGGAUGGAUCAUCUUCGGUGUCUUUGGUCUUAUAUGGGCACUCUUCUUUGUCUACACUUCCACUCUUGAAGAGGAUGAAGAGUCUGGAUUGUCCCUCUAA